GCCGGCCCGCAUAUCGCGAGCUCGCAUGCAUCCAGCGCGUUCGACGUGGCUCCAGUGGCCCGGGUUGCUGUUUGCUCCCGCCAUGCCUGACCGCAUUAUCUCUCUCGCGUCCUUGUCGACGUCCUCGCAAGCAUAUCUCAAUCAAUCCCAUACCUUGGCCGUCUACGCCUCCGAUGCGCGCGUGCGUCGUCCCGUCCGACUUUUCCUCCCUCGAUCCAAGAUAGAGUACGUGCAGCUAGGUAGGUAGGAAGGAAGGAAGAGCUUCCUGGCUCUCUCUCUCAGCCUCGCCUCACCUUCGCCGCCGCCGCCGCCGCCUUUUCCGCUCCGAUAUCGAUCAAUGUCAGAUUGAGCACUGCAAACGCAGCAACAGAGGCUUUAACCGCCCACCCUCUUCUCCCACGCCACAAACCAUCGUCACAAUGGCGUACCCCCACCACAAUUACCCUCACCACCCUCCCUACCCCGACCCGAGGCAGUACCCGCAGCAAUACAGCCCGCGUCCGGCAUACCUCUAUCCUCCGUCCCCCGGCGGCAACAUGGCGCUCGCGUCGUCGCCGCCGCCGCCGGCCCCGGUCCCGCCGCCCGCGCCCCAGCCCCCCGUUGCCAUGCGCCGCUACGCCAAUGUCUCCUACGCCUCGUGGCAGAACCCCUAUGCCCAGCGCCAGUACCCGAGCGUGCCGAGCUACUACAUGCCUCCGAUGUAUACGCCGCGGUACGGGUACGUCGCGACGGGGCAUGCGCCACUGUAUGUGGAUGAAGGGACGUCGUCUUCGGAAGAGGAGGAAGAUGAGGACGAGAACGCCAACACAAUCAACAGCACAGCAGCAGCACCUCCGCAAGCGCCCAUGCCCCCACAACUGGCUCCCGCGCCACCAGCCCCCGCCGCAAUAGAAGCUCCGCCGCCGCCGCCCUCCCCACCGCCGGUAGUGCCACCAGCAGAGAUCGAGGAACCGCCUCCACCGCCUCCGCCCCCUGCGGAUCCGGAGCCCCCACCCCCACCUGAACCCCCUGGUCCGCCUGUGGAGGAACCGCCGGUGCCGGAACCGGUACCAGAGCCUGAAGCUGCACCCGCAGCGGACCCGGAGCCUGUGCCAGAGCCUGUGCCAGAGCCUGUGCCAGAAUCCGCGCCAGAACCUGAGCCAGUAGCAGCAGAGCCCGUUCCGGAGCCCGUGGCAGAUCCCGUCCCAGAACCACUACCAGCAGAGCCCGCUCCGGAGCCAGAGCCAGCAGCCGAGCCCAUCGAGCCCACCGACGACGAGGAAGCACAAGACGGCGGCGUCGCCGUGGCCAUUGAGCCCGAAGCCGCUGCGGCACCGCCACCACCGGCACCCGAGCCCCCCGUCGUAGAAGCACCUCCACCACCAAGCACGCCGCCCCCGCCAGCAAGCGCAGCCUUCUCCAUCGCGCCACCUGUCCCUCCCUCGCCCUCCAGCGAAAAAAGCGUCCACUUCCCUAGCGACCUGAUCGACCCACCCCCCAAAGCCAGCAGCAGCAAGCUCUCCAAAUCGCACCACGGCAGCCACAAGGCCAGCAAGUCCAGCAGCAGCAGCAGCAGCAAAGCAGCGCCGAACAUGACAGCCAAGCGCGCGGCGCAGCAACAUCAGCAACAACCGAAGAAAGCGCUGCCCCCGAUGGCCAUACGGGAGAGCAAGCGCGAGCGGGAGCGCGAGGAACGUGCGAAGCGGGAAGAGGAGCGGAAGAAGAAAGAAGAGGAGAAGGAGAAGGAGAAGGAGCGGGAAAAGGAGAAGGCGAAGAAAGGGCGGGUGGGGGGCGUGCUUGGCGGGCUGGGGCUAGGGAUUGGCGGCUGGGAGAGGGAGCAUAAGAAGAAGAAGGAGGGGAAGAAGGGCGCAGUGAAGAAGGACAAGGGGAAGAAGGGCGCGGAUGCUGCUGCUGCUGCUGCUGCUGCUGCGGAUGAUGCGCCGGCUGAGCCUCCUGCUCCGCCUGUGGAAUCUGAACCUGAACCCGCUGCUCCAGCUGGUCCAGAACCACCGGCUGGUCCAGAACCACCGGCUGGUCCAGAACCACCGGCUGAGCCCGCUCCAGCCGAUCCGGAUCCGCCAAUUGACACUGCCCCGUCCGCUGAGGCCGACCCCGCUCCGCCAGCCGAGACAGACGCACCCGCUGAUUCCGCUCCGCCCGCUGAGUCAGAGCCCCCAGCAGACGCCCCAGCAGACCCCGAACCACCAGCAGCAGCAGCCACCGACCCUUCCGCUGACCCUCCCGCUGAUCCCACUCCGCCUGCAGCAGACCAAGAAGAACUCCCCACUCCCGCUCCACAGGCCGCUGACACAAACGCAGCACCAGCGGAACCAGACCCAGCAUCCGAGGCCGAGGCCGCUCCGCCCACAGACGCACCAGCCGACCCACCGGCAGACCCAGCGCCGCCAGCCGAAUCCGACGCCCCCACUGACCCGCCCACGGAAUCUGAGCCUGCCCCCUCGGAUGAAGCUGCCGUGCAGGACCCACCUGAGGAGCCAGAGCCUGCUAAAACGGGAGAAGGCACGGCACCACCACUACCGCCACCGGAGGAGGAGGAGAAAGAGGGCGCACCACCAUCUGCCACACCGGACGCCGCGCCAGACGCCCCGCCAGGGGAGUUAGAGAGCAAGGCCACGGAGCCCGAGGACCAGGCAGGCGCUGGAGAUGAGGCCACGGCCGAGGAACCUACGGAGGGCAAAACCGAGGAGGGGGGCGAGACCGCUACGCCUGCUGCCGAUGAGCCUGAACCCGAGCCCGAAGUCCCCACAACCUCACAGGACACAGACACAGACCCGGCCGCUGGGAACGAGCCUGAAGCCGAAGCCAAAGCCGAAACCAAAGCCCCUGACCCAGCUGCUGCUGCCAACGUCAAUGCCGCGGACGACGGACCCGCUGCAGCGCCGAAGGCAGAAGAAGAGGAAGAAGGAACCGCACCACCUGCCGCCGAGGAAACGGCUCCCUCUGAGCCUGAGCCUGAACCAGAGCCUACCUCUGCACCGGAGCCAGAGUCGGACCCAAAACCCGUGGAAGAGGCGGCGCCUCAGGCCAACGACGCUGUAGAUGGGGACGCCACUGAACCUACUACAGGCGACGCACCACCGACGACGACGACGACGGACUCUCCUGAGGAGAAGAAGGAGGAGGGCAAAGAGGACACCCCCGCGUCAGAAGAGGGAAAGGAGGCCGUAGAGACAGUUGCAGGGCCAGAAGCAGAAGCUAAGGCGACAGAGGAUGAGGUUGUGGAAACCGCGAGCGCUGACGCGGGAGACGAGGGCGCUGCUGCUGCUGAGGCUUCUGAAGCGCCUGUGGAAGCAGAAGCAGAAGCUGCGCAGGACGAGCCAAAGAAGGAUGAUGAUGGCGAUGGUGACGGCGACGCCUCUGCGCCUGCACCUGCGCCCGAAUCAGAAAAUAAACCCGAGCCUGAACCUGAGUCUCAGCCAGAGCCAGAGCCAGAGGCUACCACCCCCGACCCCGCAUCCCAAGAGCAAGAGCAAGAGCAAGGAACCGAGCCCGAACCCGAACCCGAAUCCACUGCACCCGCUCCAGAAGAAGACAAAACAGAAGCGCCAGAGCCCUCGAAAAGCGGCGCCUCAGACGACCCGGCUGACGCGCCGGCUGAUACGCCCGUUGAGCCUGCUGCGCCUCUGCCGGAGGGCGAGGGGGAGGAGGAGAAGUCUGUGCCUGAAGGCAGUGGAGAGGGGGAGGGGCAGCAAGCGGACGCGGACGCGGGCGCGGAUGCCGAUGCCGACGCACCGAAGAGUGAUGAGGCCGCCGCUGAUGAGAGCAAAGAAGGCGAUGCCGCUGAGACGAAAGACGAGGGGAAAUCUGGUGAUGGAGAGGGCGCUGCUGCUGCCGAGACUACUGCGGCUCCCGAAGCCAAACAAGGCGACGCACCCACAAGCACUGACACCAACACCGACGCCGAAACAAACGCCACUGAGAACACAGCAGCAGCAGAGGAGGCACCCAAACCCGACGACAGCGCCGCCGCCGCUUCCACAGAUGUAGACGCAGACCCAGCCAGCCCAGCCCCGUCGGCAUCGGCCUCAGAGCCCGUCAGCGAGGGCCCGUUCCCCACGGAUUUGGACUCGAUUGAUCCGGGGGAUGAUGCGUGCAGUAGUGAUGGGUCUGGCGAGGGUAGGGGCAAGGACGAGGGCAAGGAGGCUGCGCCUGCGGCGGCGGAAGAAGGCGAAGCUGAAGUAGGAAAGGCUGUGGAUAACGCGGAGGGCGCGGAGGCAGAUCCAGGAGCGGGAGAUAAAGCUGCUGAGGGCGCUGGUGCUGGUGCUGAUGCUGCUGAUACGCCGGCUGAGAAAGGAGAGAGUGCGGACGAGAAGUUGGAUGCUGAGGCCGAAGCCGAGGCCACGGCGCCAGAGACAAAGACUGAAGAUGCUACCACCGCAGCGGCUGCCGAAGAUGAAGCAGCUACAUCUUCUGAAGAGCCUAAAGACGAGCCCGCCGCGCCCGAACCCCCAAAAGACGAAGCACCCGCCACAGAAGACAAGAAGAGCGAAGAGCCCGCCGCCGCCGCCGGCGACGAGGCGGCCGGCACUGGUACUGGCGCCGACGAGCAGAAAGAGCCAGAGUCUUCAAGCGCAGAGAACGCCCAACCUACCACUGACGCGCCUGCCGAUGCAUCGCCACCACCUGCAACUGAAGACGAUGCGGCUAAAGACGAUGCAGAGGAAAAAGAAGAGGACUACACGGACGCGGACCGCCGCAUUGUCGAUGAGAUUAUGAACCCGCCACCGCCGCCACCGGCGCCCGCGGAGCAAGAAACAGAGACAGAGCCAGAGAAGGCAGCUGAUGCUGCGCCGGCUGCUGAAGGCGGUAAUGGCGAUGGCGCUGGCGAUGGCGCUGCUGAUGCUGCAAAGACGGCUGAAGGCGGCGAGGAAGGCAAGGGCGACGAUGUUGCUGCUGCUGAGGGGGCGGCCGAGGCCACUCCUCCGGCACAGGAAGAGGGCACUAGUGAGAAUGACGCGCCAGCUGAGGGCGGUAGUGCUGAUGCUGGUGCUGCUGAAGGUGAUGGUGACGGUGAAGCCGGCAAGGGUGGAGACGGCGAGGUGCCGAAAGAGGGUGAUGGUGAUGGCGGUGGUGACGCGUCUGCACCAGCCGAGUCUGGUGACUCUAAUGAGGGGGGCGAUGCUCCUGAGAAGACGGGAGAUGGGUCCGGUGACGCUGGGAAGGAGGACGAUGGAGGGGAGGGGAAUUCGAGGGCUGAUGAAGAGCUUAAGGCUGAGGAAGAGGCUAAGACGGAUGAGGAGGGUAAAGGUGAUGCGGAGACCAAGGGUGAUGACGCCCCUAAAGAAGAUGAGGCUCCUAAGGAGGAUGGUGACGCCCCCAAAGAAGACGAAACCCCCAAGCCGGAAGAAGGCGGUGCUCAAGGAGAACCAGCACCCUCCGACGCAGCAGCACCGGAGGGCGAAGCCAACGCCAAAGAUAACGACGAAGAAAAAGAUACGGCUGACACUGCGGCUGCAUCAGGCGAAGAAGGAGCUAAAGGCGAAGAAAAAGCAGAAGCAGAGCCCGAGAAAGCGGCAGAAGACGCAGCACCAGCCAACGCGGACGAGCAGGCGGAACCAGCAGAAGAUGGCGAGAAGACGAGUGACGAGCCUGCUGUCACUACUGCUGCUGCUAAUAGUGAUGCUGCUGCCGCACCCGCAGAGGCCAAGCCCGAAACCGAAGCAGAAGAUAAGUCCUCGGAUGCGCCUGCAGAGGGAGAAGCAGCAGCAGCCACUGAUGCUGCUGCCGCCGAUGAGCCCACCGACGCCGCGGCGCAAGAAGCCGCUAAGCCCGCGGACGAGGCAAGCAAAGACGAGUCUAGCAAUGCAGUCGAGGAAGCAGCCAAAGAAGAAGCAACGGACGGCGAAACAGCAGCGCCUGCUGCCAACGUCGACGAAGAACCCGCGCCCGCACCCGCACCUGACGACGCUCCCGUCACUGAUCUCUGCCCGCCAGCAGAAGAAGGAGAAGAAAAACAAGCAAACGAUGCCGAGAAGGCCGCACCAGCAGAAGAAGACGGAGAAAGCCCCGCCGAAGCUGUUUCCCCCUCGACUAGCGCAGAACCUGCAGAACCCGCAGAACCGGGGGGCGCACCCACAGGCACAGCCAUGUCUACCCCCCCAGCCGCUGCUCCCGCUAGCGACGUUCCUGCUGCUACUGCUCCUACUGACGCUGCGGGUGCUGCGGAUCCUGCCGCUGCUGCUGCAGCUACUACUGCUACUGCUGCGGACGCUGCCGCUGCUGCUGAGGCUAGCGCAGGAGGUGAUGACGGCGCUGACGGCGGGGUUGGCGGUGCGGGUUGUGUGGGGGGUGCUGCAGAGGGGGGUGCUGCCGUAGAUGAAGCUGCGCCAGCAGAGGACGCUGUGCCAGCAGAAGAUGCUGCCGCAUCAGCACCACCACCCUCAGUCCAAGGCAAAGACAAAGACAGAGCCACAGAACGCCCCCGCCACGAGCGCCACCACUCCCACAGCUCAAACGGCACGUACCUCGUGCGGCCACGGCGGGGCAGCUUGCUCCCCGCGUCUAGCAAGGCCGAGGAACAAAAAACACGGGAUUCGGACCGCGAGCGCGAGAAGCGGCAUUCUCGACGCAGCAAGCACAGCAGUGGACGCGAGAAAGACAAAGACAGAGACAGAGACAGAGACCGCGAGCGCGAGAAGGAAAGGCCGCCGGGGCUGCUGCGGCGCAUGUCGCACGCGCUGAGCGAGAGCCGGGACAACAAGGACAAGGACAAAGACAGCGAGAAGAAGCACCGCACGCGCGGCGGCAUCCCAGGUCCAGAAGAAACACCGUCUGAGCACGAAACCCGCCGACGCAUACGGCACGAAGCGCGCGCGCGCGCCGCGGAAGAAGAAGGCCGUCGGCAGGCCCAAGUCGCAGAGCAGAUUGGGCGAGAAGACGCCGAGCGGCGGCGGCGAGUGCGACACGACGACGACGAGGCCGCGCGCCGCGAGCGCGAGGACCUGGAGCGCAAGCGCCGGCAUGAGGAGCGCAGGGCUGCGCGGCGGGAGGAGGUAAGGCGGAAGGCGGAGGAGGAGGAGGCGAGGCGGAUUGAGCGUGAGAGUAGGGCGGUUGAGGCGGAGUUGGCUAGACGGGAGGAGGAGGAGAAGAAGGUGAGAAGGGAGCGGAGGCGGAGGGAACGAGAGGAACGGGAGAGGCAGGAGGAAGAGGAAGAGAGGGCGAGGAUGCUGGUGCAGGAGGAGGAGAGGGUGGAGAGGGCUGCUGUGCGUGUGGAGGAAGAGGAGGGGGAGCGCAGGCGCGAACGCAGGCGCCUGCGGCAUGAAGCUAAGAAGGCAGCGGCAGCAGCAGAGCAAGAAAAAGACACAUCCACGCCCCUCCCUUCGCCUUCUUCGCCUUCUUCCCCUACCGCCCCCCGCGACCACCUCCGCAGACGCAACACAGCCGCGUCCACGUCCACGGACGCGAACACGAACACAAACAAGCGCGCCAGCAUCGCCUCCCUCCUCUUCACUCGCUCGAAUACCACGCCUGUUUUCCCACUUCCGGCCCAUCAAAGCCCUGUCGAGCAGGACUCGUCGGGCCCCGAGCGCAGUGUGGGGAGUCGGCGUCGGCGGCGGCGUGAGCAUGAUCACGACCGUGAACGCGAGCGCGAGCGCAGAGACAGCGACGCCACUGCCCGCAGUGCUGGUACUGGUGCUGGAAGCGUUCAUCGGCGGCAUCAUCGGCACCACUAUCAUCACUACCCUCAGGACCAGCGUGACGACGACAUGAUGGGGCCGGGGAGCCCGGUACUCGAGCUAAGGCGGCAGGGGGGGUUUGCUGUCGAGGCUGAGGAUGAAGAGGUGCAGGAGCGGGUGCCGGAGGCGUUGCGGAGAAGGGAGAGCGUGAGCGUGGGUGUGAGUGCGAGGGGCAGUGGUGGGAGUGGGAGUGUAGAGGGGUAUGAAGAGGCGAGGAGGCGGCAUCGGCAGAGGGGUGAGGGUGAAGGGGAGAGUGAGCGCCGGUAUCAUCGCUAUCAUCAACAACGUGGGGAUAUGGAAAGGGAGAAGCGUGAUCGCGAUAGGGACAGGGAUAGGGAGCGCGAGUACCGCGAUCGUGACCGCGAAAGAGAGCUUCGUCGCCGCGACGGCGACCGCGAGCGCGCCAGAACAGCAGACGCUGACGCAGACGCAGAAGAAGCAGAAGCAGAAGCAGAAGCAGAAGCAGACCACGAACGCAUCAGCGACCGCGUGAUCCGCGAGGCGAGGGAGCGCGAGCAGCGACGAGAGCGCUACGAGCAGCGCGAACAGCGUGAACGCGAGCGUCGCCGUCUCGAGCGCGAGAGGGAGCGCGAGCGCACGCGCAGCGAGCGCCAUGAGCAUGAGAGGGAGCUGCAUAUGCUGGCGGGGGAGGGUGGGCCGAGGGGGAGAGAUGAGAGAGAACGGGAGAGGGAGAGGGAGAGGGAGAGGGAGAAGGGGUUUUGGGGGGGUUUGAAGAGGGCGAUUGUUAGUUAGUUUGGGUGGUUUGGUGGGGAGGGAGUGUAUUGCUAAUGAUUGUUGGUGUGGUGUGCUGUGAGGCUGUUUUUUUUUGCUUGGUUUGGCGUUUUCUGCUCGAGGGUGGUUUGGUUUGGUUUCUUGUUUGGUGUUGGGCUGGUUGGUUGGUGGGCGUUGUAUAUUGCUUGGAGGGAGGAGAGGGUAAUUUGUUAGGUAUGGUACCUAUGGUAGACAGUUGGACGUGGAGGGGCUUUAUGUGUUUGGCAUAACUAGUUGGUUAGGUACAUACAGACUGCAUUAUACGAAAUUUUUAUUUCUGCUCCUUCUAUAUUUUGUAUAGGGAACAUGAGACAUGC